AGGCUGCAGGUCCUGUGGUCAAGCAGGAGAGGACUGAAGGAGAGGAGGACCCAAGACACAGCAGAGACAUCCAGACUGAAGCGGCAGGAGCGCCCCCUGUAGCUAUGGAGGAUCCCACCGCCUCCCUAGUGCAGCCCAGGACCCGAUGCAGCAUCAUGGAGGUCAGUGGAACGCUGAACGCCGUCCUCAAGUCAGAGACAGACACCGAGACUUUAACUGUAACACAAAGGCUUUUACACACAGGAUCUGACCCCAGAUCAGACCCAGAGAGACUGGGGCUGGGACCACAGGGCUGUCCUGCUCUCGGCUCAGAGUAUUUACUUUACGGUAACCCAAGCCCGAGGACGAUUCAAUCCCAUCAGGACUCAGGUGCCGCUUUAGAGACUGGCAAUGAUCCGUCUUGUUCUUACACUACAGAGAUGGACCGUGACAACAUGCCCUUGGGUUUAGAGACACAGACUGAUCUGUCUAGAGGGGACUGGAACCAGUACAGUAGUAGUGUAUACUCUGAAGGGUGCUUGGAUGAGAAAGGGGGCGGUCUGGUCGUAGAUGAAGUGACUGUGAAAGUGGAGGGCAACGUUCCUCCCACAUGGAAUGCAGAUAGGCACCUAGGAGACGGACUCUCACAGGGCAGAGAUUUCUUAGAUUACAGGGAAAGCUUUGAAUCAAAUACAAAUGUUGCGACCCAUUCCCCUUUACACUUGCUCAGGCAUUGCGACCCAGUGUCCACGUCGAUGGGGCCUUCCGAUUCACACGGCCAUGUCCUUUUCGAUCAGGAAUUGAACUCAAACAACAGAGAUAGAACCCAGGUUCAGGGAGGGGGAGCCACAUCAGGAUAUAGUAAAGAGAAACCUUUCCUCUGCAUGUUCUGUAACAAAGGCUUCAGUUGCGCUCAGAAGGUGGAGAGGCACCAGAGAGUCCACACAGGGGAGAAACCAUUCAGCUGUACUCAGUGUCACAUGCGCUUCGCCCAGGCUGGUGACCUGAAGAGGCACCAGAGGGUCCACACAGGGGAGAAACCCUAUAGCUGCCCCCAGUGUGAGAAGAGGUUCUCAGAGAGGAGCUACCUCAGGCUACACCAGCAGAAAAAACAUUCCACUCUAUAAUAUAGAAAGUAACCAUUCCACUCGAUAGCUUCUGACAUUUAGAUCAAACCCUGCAUUAAAGACACAUUUUCAUUGUUUUCAGCAGAAAAGACCCACAGAUGCAUUUGGAAUAACGAGAGUAACAGAUUUCAGUGUUGAAUAUUGCAUCCAGACAUUGUGUGAUAUGA